AUGGUCUCGAAGCUGAGUCAUCUUCAAGUGGAGCUGCUGGGAGCGCUGCUGGAGUCGGGGCUAACCAAGGAGACCCUGAUCAAGGCGCUGAGCGAAGUGGAACCCUACGUGCUCCAGAGUGAAAGUCAGCGUGCGAUCAAUGCCCUCCAGACAGAGAAAGGGGAACCCUGUCCCGACAUCCCCAACCUCCCCAAUGGAAUGGGGGAGUCCAGGUUAUCGGAAGAUGAAACCUCUGAUGACGGGGAGGAAUUUACCCCUCCAAUAAUGAAGGAGCUGGAAAACUUGAGCCCUGAGGAGGCUGCUCACCAGAAGGCUGUGGUGGAAAGACUAUUACAAGAGGAUCCCUGGCGAGUAGCAAAGAUGGUGAAGUCCUACCUCCAGCAGCACAACAUCCCUCAGCGUGAGGUGGUGGACACUACUGGUCUGAACCAAUCUCACCUCUCACAACACCUCAACAAGGGCACUCCCAUGAAGACUCAAAAGAGGGAAGCCCUCUACAGUUGGUAUGUCCGCAAGCAGCGAGAGGUGGCCCAGCAAUUCACGCACGCUGGCCAGGGUAUCCUGACAGAGGAGCCCAUGGGAGAUGACUUGCCCACCAAGAAGGGAAGAAGAAACCGCUUUAAGUGGGGCCCUGCCUCACAACAGAUCCUGUUCCAAGCCUAUGAGAGACAGAAAAACCCCAGCAAAGAAGAGAGAGAGGCGCUGGUGGAAGAGUGCAACAGAGCAGAGUGCAUUCAGAGAGGUGUUUCCCCAUCUCAGGCCCAGGGACUGGGCUCGAACCUGGUGACAGAGGUCAGAGUUUACAACUGGUUUGCCAAUCGCAGGAAGGAGGAGGCUUUCCGGCACAAGCUGGCCAUGGACACCUUCAGCGGACCACAGCCCACCUCUGCUCCUCCUCUAACUCCUCACAACUCUUCCUCCCUCCAGCCACCAUCUGCUCUCUCACCCAGCAAAGUUCACGGAGUGAGGUACAACCAGCAGCCAGCCAGUGAGGCAGAGUCCUCCAGCAGCAACCACCACGGGAACAGCUCCAUGGUGACCACCCAAACCAUCCUGCAUCAGGUUUCUCCCCCUGGACUAGAGCCCAGCCAGAACCUACUAAGCACAGACACUAAGCUGGUCUCAGCUCCUGGAGGAACUCUCCCUCCUGUCAGCACCCUGACUGCCUUGCACAGCCUAGAGCAAAAUCCACAUGCACUGAGCCAGCAAACUCAGAACCUUAUCAUGGCAUCACUGCCAGGUGUAAUGGCAAUUGGAGCUGGCGAGACCUCAUCCCUCACACCAGCAUUCACCAACACAGGUGCCUCCACCCUGGUGAUAGGCCUGGCCUCAACCCAGCCCCAAAGCGUACCUGUAAUAAACAGCAUGGGGAGCAGCCUCACCACCCUGCAGCCUGUCCAGUUCUCCCAGCAACUGCACCCAUCCUACCAGCAGCCCCUCAUGCAGCAGGUCCAGAGCCACAUCAACCAGAGCCCCUUCAUGGCUACCAUGGCCCAGAUACAGAACCCUCAUGCUCUCUACGGCCCCAAGUCUGAAGUGGCCCAAUACACACAUACAGGCCUCUUACCACAAACCAUGGUGAUAACAGAUACAGCCAAUCUCAGCGCCCUGACUAACCUGACACCAACUAAACAGGCAUUCACAUCUGACUCAGAGACUCACACAGAGUCUGGGAUGCAUACACCAGUGUCACAGGCGCCAACGAUACAUUUACAGAACCAAGACACAACCAUCCAGCACCUUCAGCCAGGCCCUCGCCUCACCUCGAGCCCUGCUGUAUCCUCCAGCAGCCUGGUGCUGUACCAAAGCUCUGACUCCGCCAAUAGCCACAGUCAGCUGCUGCCAUCCACUCACAAUGUCAUCGAGACCUUCAUCUCCACACAGAUGGCAUCCUCCACUCAGUAA